CCAAACCCCGAGGAAAACACGCCCACCCCUCCUCUUUCUUCGUCAGAAAGAAAGACUGAAAGAGGCGACUCGGCGGAGAGAGAGAGAGAGAGAGAGAGGACAGAGACGGAGCCUCGCAAAGACUGGGGCUUUAAUUCGAACGCGCUCGCCUCCGUCCUCCUCCUCUCUCCCCAUCUCGAGCCCUCCGCCACAGUACCAGCAUCACGCCAAGCCAAACCCCCAUCCCCUAUCUAUCCGAGGGAAGGGAAGGUCAAACCAGCCGGCCCGCCCCCCUCUUCUCCUGCCGCCCGCUCCGAUCGCCGCCCCCCUCCACCGCCUUCCCUCCCGAGGAUUCUGCAUCUAUAGGUUUGGUCAUGGCGUCAGCUGCCUAUCUUGAUGACAUUGAUGCUGAAGUUAUCGACCCUCCAAAGAUUGAGAUGUUAGAUGUCACAGAACUCGUCGGUGAUCUUAUCGAGCACUCACCGAAACCAAAUGUCAUAGUUUCUAGCAAUGUGCGUGAGCUAUUGGAAUGCCCUGUGUGUUUGGUCGCCAUGUAUCCUCCAAUUCAUCAGUGCUCCAAUGGCCAUACCAUUUGUUCUGGAUGCAAGCCAAGGGUUCAUAAUCGAUGCCCAACUUGCAGGAGUGAAUUGGGUAACAUAAGAUGCCUUGCUCUGGAGAAGGUUGCUGCCUCUCUAGAGGUUCCAUGCAAGUUCCAGAACUUUGGAUGCGUGGGAAUAUAUCCUUAUUACUGCAAGCUGAAACAUGAAUCACAGUGCCAAUACAGACCCUAUACUUGCCCAUAUGCGGGAUCUGAGUGCACUGUCACCGGUGACAUUCCAUAUCUAGUAAAUCACUUGAAGGAUGAUCAUAAGGUUGACAUGCACAGUGGAAGCACCUUUAAUCAUCGCUAUGUCAAAUCAAAUCCUCAUGAAGUUGAGAACGCCACAUGGAUGCUUACGGUUUUCAGCUGCUUUGGGCAGUACUUCUGCCUGCACUUCGAGGCGUUCCAGCUGGGCAUGGCGCCGGUCUACAUCGCCUUCCUGAGGUUCAUGGGAGACGACGCCGAGGCCAAGAACUACACCUACAGCCUGGAGGUCGGAGGCAUCAACCGUAAGAUGACCUGGCAGGGCAUCCCUCGGAGCAUCAGGGAUAGCCACAGGAAAGUCCGGGACAGCUACGACGGGCUCAUCAUCCAGCGCAACAUGGCCCUGUGCUUCUCCGGGGGCGACAGGAAGGAGCUCAAGCUGCGGGUCACCGGGCGAAUUUGGAAGGAACAGUGAGCUGUAGCUGCAUGCUUAGAAGGUUGUUUCCGAGUGAACCGCUGUGAGGGCUUGAUUAGGACUAGGUAAUGGUGUGUAGAAUGUCUCUUAGGUUCUAGUAGUUGUGAGAUGUUUCCAUGGAUGGUUGUGAUGAGAACCGAGGUGGUACUGAUGUGGUACUGGUAGAGCUCAAGGCAAAUCUCCUGUUUUGCUUUGAACAAGAGCUGGCUGGCUGGCCGCUGCGCUGCCGUUUGGUGAGAUGUUGCUGGUGCCUCGUGGACUGUAAAUGAUGUAGCCCCUCUCUAGUAUGAGAUGAGACUCGUAUCUAUGUCAGACCGCAAAUGUUCUGAACUUUUGAUGCUGAUAUAUGAAUGAGACUCGUAUCUAUCUACGUCA